AUGAGAGAGCGCCGUUCGCUGACCCGCUUUUCCCUCGCUUCUCGCUUUUUAGAAACGACUGCUUCUCUCUCUCCUGAAGAGACCGGAGUCUCGCGUCCAGCUGAGAGUUCCUCUUCCGCGGCACCGCUCGCUGCGCUCGCGUCCUCCGACUCUUCUUCCUCUGACUCCGCUCCUUCGGAUUCUUCGGCCUUCUCGUUCCUUCCCUCCGCGUCCUUCUCGUCUCACUUCGCCGCCGCGCCGCUGAAGUCGCUCGAUCGUCUCUUCGUGAACAAACUCGACAAACUCCGAUUCCUCGACGAAACGACGCCGAACCUUGUGAUUGCGGGGCUGCCUAGAAGUGGAAAAUCCUCGAUUGCUCGCGUCGUUUUUCAGCGCGUCCCUCCCCACAAAACCUUAAACUACGGUGGGAAACACCAAAAGGCCGAGGUUAUUUCCGCGCACUCGGGCUCUCUGCUCGAUUUCGUCGUCACGGUGCUGCCUGGCAGCUUUGUCCUCGAGGCGGUUCAGCUCGGCGCGGUCGCAACUGCCUCGCCGCUCGCGACUGCGCCGUCCGGAGUUCUUCGCGGGUCUUCUUCCGCGUCCAUUUACCCGCAUCCGAUCAGCGAUUUCAUCUCCACGAAAGCUUCCUUCACCUCCUUUCCGGCAUCCUCGCUCUCGCUCGCGGGCACAGACUUCGAGGAGGAAGACGCCGGCUGGGACGAGUUGCUCCGCCGAGCAGACUGCCUCGUCUUUGUUUUCGACAUCCAAAGCGAAACGUUGCAAACUGACGUGUCUCAAACCACGGCGUUUCUGAAGCAAGUGUGGCGAAUCAAUCCCGCACUCUUCGUCGAGAUUUUCCUCCACAAAGCCGAGGCUGAUGUCUCCGGAAGCGAAGACCUGUCGCCGGGGCCCGCGGCGCGCGAGGUGGAAUCCCGUCUGCGCGUUCAGUUGCUGAACGCCGUCGCAGACGAGAAACUCGGCGUCAUCGAGGAAGAGAAGGAACCUCCCGUGUCUCUUUACGAGGGAACUCAAGAAGAGCGCGGAAACAACGAGAGAGCGGCAGAUGAGGCGUUACCAGAGUCGAGCGCACCCCCGCGCUUCUGCGUCACCAACACGUGCAUCUACGAUGCUUCGAUCUUCCAAGCGUGCAGUCGGGCUGUUCAGCGGCUCUUCCAUCAUAGUGAGAUGUGUCGGGAAUUGCUUGCGCGGCUCUGCCGGCUGUGCCGUCUGGAGAAGGCGUUGCUUUUCGACGCGCAGCUCAAGCUUUGCCUGGCAGGCGACGCGGCCGCCGUCGAUCCUCGAACCUUCGAACUCGCGGCGGAAAUUGUCGAGCUCGGAGGCGAUUUGAAGGCGAUUUACGCAGCAGAAAAGCGGGGCAGUGUGAAAGAGCGUGCGCGACGACUCGCACAGAGCAGAGCUCGACCGGGCGGAAAACAUGCAGAGGAAAGCGAAGAGGGAGAACAAGGACAACGAGAAGGAGAGGAAAACGGAGGAGAGACACCGGAGGGAGGGGAACCACAGCAGGGAGAAGGACGAGAGAGAGAAGAGGGAGAAGGAAAGAGGGAAGAGGGAGACGGAGACAGAGGAGAGACACAAGAGGGAGUGAAACCACAGCAGGGAGAAGGACGAGAGAGAGAAGAGGGAGAAGGAAAGAGAGAAGAGGGAGAAGGAGACAAAGGAGAGACACAAGAGGGAGUGAAACCACAACAGGGAGAAGGACGAGAGAGAGAAGAGGAAGAGAGGAUGGUGUCUGAUGCGGAUCGUGGAUUUCGUGGCUCUUUCGGUUCUCGGACUGACUUUCCGUGCAAGCAGUCUGAGGUCGGUUUUCUCGUGGAAGAAGAAAAGCGUGUGGAGUCUCUCGAUUCCUCGGCGUCUGUCGGCGCGCGCAUCAAGUCUGAAGAGACGUAUCUUGUGCACUUGACGUCCGGGAAGUUGUUUCUGGUGUUUGCCAUCGACGAGGCGUUGCGCGUUGCAUGCGUCGUCCGCGAAGACCACUUCGAUCGGCCUCACUUGGUGGAGUGGAAUCUGCGGGUUCUGCGGCACGCCUUGCUGCAUCUGGGAGCCCUCGAAAAGGAGGCGCACAGCCUCGCUGUCGUGCUGUCCAAGAGCCACUUCGCGACCGCCAAGUCCCGAGCAAAGCCCUCGUUUUAG